AUGAAGAAAACAAAUUUUUCACAACCACAGAGUACUUUGGAUUCAUUUUUUGUGACGUUGAAGAGAAAAAAGUCUGUUGAAGCAUCUACAACUAAUUCUACUGUCACUACUGAAGUUGGUGGAACAACUGAACUUCCACUUCCAACCACAUCAGCAGAAGCUUCAACAAGUAAUAGUAUUUCUACUGAACAUGUUGAACAUGAGAUAACAGAAACAAGUAAUAAUAUGGACAGCAACAGCCGGAAUAUGAAUGUCAAUUCAGUAGUCAUAGCUCAUGAUAGUCUUUUUUCUGAAAAUGAACAGAUUUCAACUGAGACUGGAACAGCUGAAAUUGCUAAGGCAUUUUCUAGUAAGAUUUUAAAUGCUGGAUUUAUCAAUGAUAUUGGAAAAUUUGUUGGAACAUUUAUGGAUGAUUUGACAAAAAAAACAAUCAGUAAUUUCUAUGGUACCAUUCUUGGACUUAGUACCCAACUUGAAUUUAUAUCGGAAGUUGAAUUGUGGCAGAGCAAAUGCUUUAGAAUGAACAAGGACGGAGGAGGAGUCAAAUCACUGACUACUGAUCUUUCUGUUGUUUUUUAUUUGUGUGACCCGGUACAAUAUCCAAUCACUCAGAAGUUGUUCCGUAUUAUUAAAGCACGUCCAGUUAGUGUUGCCAGUGCUGAACGUAGCUUCUCAACUCUGCGAAGAAUUAAAACAUGGCUAAGAACACGAAUGACAGCAGACAGAUUAGUCGGAUUGGCACUACUUAAUGUACACAGAAACGUUUUAGUAAAUGUUGAAAAUGUAAUUGAGCGUUUUGCGAACCUUGUCACAAGUGGCAACAAAGAAGUACUAGUAGCACGUCUGAGAGAAGCUCUCAUUGACGAAGGUAAGAACCCAGACGAAUUCAAGUUUGGUGGUGCUGACGAAGACAAUGAAAUUAGCACAGGCACGUUUACAACCGCUAAAAUGAUGGAACUUCUGCUUAGUAUGUCAACUGAAAUAAAACAACAGAUCAAAGAACAGUCCGAACAACAGUCCGAACGACAAGCAGAAGAGUUAAAACAACAGAUCAAGGAACAGUCCGAACGACAGACAGAGGAGUUAAAACAGAUCAAAAAACAGUCCGAACGACAAUCCAAACGACAGACAGAGGAGUUAAAACAACAGAUCAAGGAACAGUCCGAACGACAGACAGAGGAGUUAAAACAGAUCAAGGACCAGCUAAAACACGUAAAAUUGGAAGUGGCAGAACAGAUUGAAGAACAGUCAACAAGAAUAGAAAUGAUCGAGCAGAAAUUUGAUCGUCAGACCGUUGAGGUAGAUCACAAGAUAGACAAAUUGAAGCGAGAAUUGGAGCAAUCCAAAAAAAUGGCAAUGCCGUUAGAUCACGCAUCCGGAAGAAUUUUGAAGGUACCAGCAUUUGACGGAGAGAUGUCCUGGAACGUUUAUAAAACCCAGUUCGAAGCAGCGGCAACUAGUAACUGUUGGAACGGAAAAGAACGAGCAACAGCACUGAUACUGGCUCUGCGAGGUUCAGCAGCAGAGGUUCUUCAGACGAUUCCGGCGGAGAACCACUUCAACUAUGAAGUUCUGGUUAGCGCGUUGGAUUUACGUUAUGGUGAAGAACACAUGAAACAGAUUUAUCGGUCUCAGCUUAGAAACAGAACGCAACGAUCUGGUGAAUCCAUUCAGCAGCUGGCACAAGAUAUCGAACGGUCGACAUUGCUGUCGUAUCCGACAUCAGACCCCGAGCAUAGAGACGAAACUGCCCUGGAUACGUUUAUCAAAGCCCUUCGUGAUUCGGAACUCAAGCAAUCCCUUCUCUUGUCAGAUAAACGAAAACUCAAGGAUGCCGUUGCGCACAGUCUCACUUUUGAAUCGGCAAAGCAAGCAUCAAAAAGUGACGUACGUCUACGCCAAGUACAUGAAGAAUGCCCUUGCCAGAAGGUGGUUGUGAAACGCGAACCUCAACAGCGUGGUGUACCCCAAUGCUGGAUUUGUGGUGAAAAAGGCCAUCUACGUCGUGAUUGUAAACACCGCCUAAAAGAUAACUACUGCCGAAAUUGCGCGACAAGAUGGCGCANAAGCAGAGAAGAUGAUCCUGUCAUGAAGAUGAUCCUGUCAUGA